UCUGGUUUGACUGAACAGGAUGUCAAAAGCCACUGCACUGCUCUGCUCGAGGAGCUGCUGAUACACAGCGGCGCUUACACACUCCUUCCCGGAGACGCCGAAGAUGGGAUCCGGCCAUAAAGAGCCAGAGUUUGAUUUCAGCUUUCUGUUUGAGUACGGCAGCCGAGGAGGAGAGAUGGAAAUGGAGAGAGAGGCUUUUAGCUAUGCACCAAACGUAAGUCUGUCUCUCCCACUUGGCAUGGCCAACCCCUGCCUGGCAUCCCAGUACCACAGUCUUCAAUCAAGCCCCGUUAUUUCAGUCUCAUCAUGCCACCAAGCGAGCUACGGACUCCACGAGAGCGCCAUGGCUCCCAACUACUACUUCCCUGGACUUCGUCCCAAUGGUGCACCACCUUUGGAGAGGCCACGGAUCGAGAUAACGUCCUAUGGCCAGAUGCCUGAGGAAGAGGUAGAACAAAGUGGCACCAUGGGCCCUGUGGCUAAGCGAGUCAACAUUGUGACCUUGACCUUGCCCGGCGCUGAUGGGUACCGUGACCCGAGCAGUCUGAGCCCAGCAAGCAGCUGCAACUCUGAUGCCUCAUUUGAGUCUGGUUUCUACAACUAUGAAAACUCACCCCAAAACUCACCCUGGCAGUCACCGUGUGUCUUGCCUAAAGGAUCGUCCUCUUUGAUGCUGUCUUGCCCACCCCAUGGGCAUGCCGCUGGCCCGUCCCCUCGUCAGUCCCCUUCCAACUCCCCCAACGAGGAAAUCGGAAGUCAUGGCAAGCGGAAGUAUAGCUUCAGCGGCACUCCUUAUGGGCACGCACCAGGCAUCUCGCCCAACCAUUCUCCCGGGGCUUCACCACAAGGUUCACCAAGGAUCGAAGAAAGCUGGCUGGGAACCACUAACCAGUACACCAAUUCAGCCAUCGUGGCAGCCAUCAAUGCUCUCAGUACAGACGGCCUACCCGAUCUCGGAGAUGGCGUUCCCAACAAGAGUCGGAAGACCAGUGUAGAGCACAAUGCCAGCAUGAGUCUGAAGGUGGAGCCGGCGAAUGACGAUGCAGGCACAGAACUAGGCCAGGAGGACUAUAGCAACUCCAACUGCAUGCCAUUCAAGAAAGAGAGCUAUUGCUCAGGAUUCCUGGAUGUGCCACCUCACCCAUACUCAUGGCCCAAGCCCAAACCUUACCUCAGCCCGUCCCUGCCGGCUCUUGAUUGGCAGCUGCCGUCCUGCUCAGGUCCCUACAAUCUGCAGAUUGAGGUGCAGCCCAAAUCCCACCACCGUGCCCAUUAUGAGACGGAGGGCAGCCGAGGAGCAGUGAAGGCCCUGUCAGGAGGGCACCCUGUGGUGCAGCUCUACGGCUACAUGGAGAGUGAGCCACUAACGCUCCAGCUCUUCAUCGGCACGGCAGACGACCGACUUCUGCGACCACACGCUUUCUACCAGGUUCAUCGCAUCACCGGGAAGACAGUCUCCACAGCCAGCCACGAGGCCAUGCAAUCGAACACCAAAGUGUUGGAGAUCCCUCUGCUGCCUGAGAACAACAUGAGAGCCAUAAUCGACUGUGCUGGAAUCCUGAAGCUUCGAAACUCUGACAUUGAACUGAGGAAGGGCGAGACAGACAUCGGCCGCAAAAACACCCGAGUCCGAAUGGUGUUCCGUGUCCACAUUAACCAGCCCAAUGGCAGGACUGUAUCUCUACAAGCUGCAUCCAACCCCAUAGAGUGCUCCCAGCGUUCAGCUCAGGAGUUGCCUUUGGUCGAGAAGCAGAGUCUGGAGAGCUAUCCUGCAUCAGGAGGUAAAAGGAUGCUCAUCAGUGGCCAUAACUUCCUUCCGGAAUCCAAAGUCAUGUUUGUGGAGAAAGCGCAAGAUGGACACCAUGUAUGGGAGACUGAAGCGAACGUGGACAAGGAGUCUCGCAAAUCUACUUCACUGGUGGUGGAGAUCCCCCCAUAUCGCAAUCAGAGGAUAUCUAGCGCAGUGCACGUUAGCUUCUACGUCUGCAACGGCAAAAGGAAGAGGAGCCAGUAUCAGCGCUUUACCUACCUGCCGUCCAACGUUCCGAUGAUAAAGACAGAGCCGGCUGAUGAUUAUGAGUCCCGGAUGUCCAUACAUGCAAAUCCCUACUUCGGCCAGCAGAGACUGCCUACCAUGAUGCCUUUGGAUGACCCUGAGCCCUGCAUGGUGGCCAGCUAUGCCCCUUGUGCAUCUCGCCCCACCCCAAUGCUAUGCUCUUCCCCAAGCUCUAGCCCUAAACUCCAUGACCUGUCGCCUGUACCUUUUCCUAAGUGCCUAAACAACAGCCCUACACACUCCACCAUGCCUGGACGUAUGGCAUCCAUGCAAGAAGCAUCCACCCACCCUGGGCUGGCCCUGCCAAGCUCUCCUGACCCCUCCUCCCUCGCCAUGCACCACCCUCAGGGUAGUCCACACCUUGGUAGUCCCUCAUACCACCUCUACCCCAACAGUAGUCCCUCUUCCUCUCCUACCUCCCAUCCCUCAACGCCUGGAGCUGCAGCUGAAAGUCCUUAUCUGGGCACCUUUGGCUCCGCCCACACCAGAGGAAGCCCACCAACCCUGAUAGCAGAUGAACACAACUCCCCUGCACUGCCUGUUACCAUCAAACAAGAACCGCAGGAGCUCGACCAAAUGUAUCUGGAUGAUGUUAACGAGAUUAUCAGGAACGACCUAUCCUGUACUUCCUCUCACGGUCACUCAUAGAUGGCCAUGAACAUGAAGAUGCCUGACGAAAGAAGGGACCAAGAUGUCUUCCCUCUGAAGCCACCCGCAAUUGGACAAUCAGUCCUCACGUUUCGAGGAACUUCUACAGUACGAGGAUGACGUGACGUCAUGUUUCACAUGAAAGGCCUUAAAUUUAAGGGUGUAUAAAAAAAAGCACCAUGACAAGAAGUGACUGUUCGUUUCAUUUGUUGGUUGUUUCGUGUGCUUGUCCUUGCUCUUGCCUUAAACUAUUAGAACUGCUCUACGGUGGACCAAGAUCUCAAAGACUUUAGUCUUCUUCUCUUCUCGAUGUGUGUACGUGCUGGCGUUCAGGACAAACGCUGUCGAUCCGUAGCGAUGCGUCCCGACUGGUUCAUCACACGGGACAGAUUUCUGCAGUGCCUUGCUGCAAGACCAAGCGGGGAUGCAAUUCCGUUCGUCUUCUUUUUAAUUUCACUUCUUCUUUUUUUUUUUAUACCUUUACAUUUUGGUCGCUCAUUUGUUUACAGUAAAUAUGAAAGGCUGGAAUGUGUCGAUGUGUGUGGAAACGUGUGAAUAAAGUAGACCUGUGUUUAGACCAUGUUUUUUUUUUUUAUACCGCAUACAUAUAGAGAUGUCAGUAGUACAUAGUCUUUGUAUAAAAGUGUAUGAUUUAUGUGCUGUAUAUAUGCCUUAAUGAACCUUGUGUAGUGCAUGGUCUCUUGAUGAAAUCGGACCACCAAUUGGACUACCUCCCUGAUCCCCACCUACCCCAGUACUACAGCAAGAAACCAAGUGGUUAACGAGAUUAGACCAAGAAUCCAGUUGAAUUCCAGUUGAGAGAUUAAAAGAAAGAGCACUUAUUCCUGCGGUAGUGGUCACUAACCGAUUUCCUGGAGAUCUCGGCUCCUCAAUUUUCAUGAGUCAUAACUAAGGCUAAAACGGCCGACUGAGCUGUUUUUUUUAGGCUAGCAAACAUUAGAAUUUGGUAGCUUUGUGAUCGUGUUAGACGUUAGCACAUCUCGUACGAUUUUAUAUUAUAACACUCUUGAAAGAUCUAGUCUGAUUAGUCCAAGGUUGUUGAUUCGUUUUCUAUACCAACGCA